CCGGCGGCUAGCGCGGUCACGGCCCUGCGUCGGCCGGAAUAGCGGGUCGGAUCUACUGCUACUGCUGCUUCCACGCCGUUUCCGGAGUAGCAGCGCCGUUCCGUUUCUGUCUCUCCACCUCGCACCGACGCCGCCGCCGCCAGGAGCAAAGGUCCAAGAAGAUGGCUGAACUUGACACUUUCCUUUUCACAUCUGAGUCAGUCAAUGAGGGACACCCUGAUAAGCUCUGUGACCAGAUAUCUGAUGCGGUGCUUGAUGCAUGCCUUGCUGAAGACCCUGACAGCAAGGUUGCUUGUGAGACCUGCACUAAGACCAACAUGGUCAUGGUCUUUGGUGAGAUCACUACCAAAGCCAAUGUUGACUAUGAGAAGAUUGUCAGGGAUACUUGCCGUGGUAUUGGUUUUGUGUCCAAUGAUGUAGGGCUCGAUGCUGAUCACUGCAAGGUGCUUGUCAACAUUGAGCAGCAGUCACCUGACAUUGCACAGGGUGUCCAUGGACACUUCACCAAGCGGCCUGAGGAGAUUGGUGCUGGUGACCAGGGGCACAUGUUUGGAUAUGCCACUGACGAGACCCCUGAAAUGAUGCCCCUCAGCCAUGUUCUUGCCACCAAGCUUGGUGCUCGCCUCACUGAGGUCCGCAAGAAUGGGACUUGCCCAUGGCUGAGGCCUGAUGGGAAGACCCAGGUGACUGUUGAGUACCACAACGACAAUGGUGCCAUGGUCCCUAUUCGUGUCCACACUGUGCUAAUCUCCACCCAACACGAUGAGACUGUGACUAAUGAUGAAAUUGCUGCUGAUCUGAAGGAACAUGUCAUUAAGCCUGUUAUUCCUGAGCAGUACCUUGAUGAGAAGACCAUUUUCCAUCUCAACCCAUCUGGUCGUUUUGUCAUUGGUGGACCUCAUGGUGAUGCUGGUCUCACAGGCAGGAAGAUCAUUAUUGACACUUAUGGUGGCUGGGGGGCCCACGGUGGUGGCGCUUUCUCUGGCAAGGACCCAACCAAGGUCGACCGCAGUGGAGCCUAUAUUGCAAGGCAAGCAGCCAAGAGCAUUGUGGCUAAUGGCCUUGCCCGCCGCUGCAUUGUCCAGGUGUCAUAUGCGAUUGGCGUGCCUGAACCACUCUCAGUGUUUGUAGACACAUAUGGCACAGGCAAGAUCCCCGACAAAGAGAUCCUGAAGAUUGUGCUGGAGAAUUUUGACUUUAGGCCGGGGAUGAUUAUCAUCGACCUUGACUUGAAGAGAGGCGGGAAUGGACGCUACCUUAAGACGGCGGCGUACGGGCACUUUGGCAGGGACGACCCGGACUUCACCUGGGAGGUGGUGAAGCCCCUCAAGUGGGAGGAGCCUUCAGCCUGACCAAAGACUUGCAGCCAGCUCCGUUUCAGUACCUUCCAUCAAGUUGUGAUGUUACUGCUGGUACUAUACCCAUCACUACCAAGUUUCUCAGUUUCUCCACUCACUGCUCUAGUAGCAGGUGUGAGCAAGAUCUUAUGCAUAGUGUUUGUCUCUUUAAGGAGCUUGUAUUGUGGGUUUGCAACGCCUUUUCUUUUCCUUCUCCUGUAAUGUCGAGCCAAAGGUGGAAACUACCUAAGAAAUGGAACUUCCUACUUUUUGCGCACCGCCUGUUUACAGAGCAGUUCAGUACAGAGUGAUGCCCUUUUC